CCCCCUACCCUGCCCUGCUCCCCGCUCGCCGGACCAAGCGCCGCCACCCCUGGGCUGAUCGCGAUGGGCUCCCGGCGGAGACCCCUGGGCCGCUCCUACUCGGGCAACGGGUCCUCCUUGAGCUACUGCCCCGGCCCCGGCAGCGAUGGCGAGGAUAACGGACCCCUGGUGGAGUACCGGCCGGAUAGGCGCAGUUACCUGCUUAGCGUGCGCCCCGAGAACAGGGGCACUUUCUGUGCCAUCAUUGCUCAACUGACCGAGGAGACCCAGCCCGUCUUUGAAACAACCCUCAAGUCCUAUGCCGUCUCAGAGGACGCCGAUGCCAAAUUCACGUGCAUUGUGAUAGGAUACCCACCGCCGGAGGUGACCUGGUACAAAGAUAAUGAAGAGAUGGAUCGAUACUGUGGAUUGCCGAAAUACGAGAUUUUGCGACACGGGAAUCGCCACACCCUGCAGUUAUACAAGUGUCAAGAGGAGGAUGCCGCUAUUUACCAGGCUUCGGCAAGAAACAACAAGGGCAUCGUCUCCUGUUCUGGAGUUCUGGAGGUGGGAACCAUGACGGAGUACAAAAUUCACCAACGGUGGUUUGCCAAGCUCAAGAGGAACGCCGAAGCCAAGCUGUACGAGAUCGAGCAGAGCAGGAAGCGAGGGAAGGAGAACGUAGAGAUGGAGCAGCUGAGACGAGUCAGCCCAGACAGGUUCCAGAGGAAGCGACGGUUGACGGGGGACGUGGGGAUGCGCUCGGGCACCUCCCUUUGGGAUAAAGAGGAAGUAGCCAAGGUGCGGAUUCCGGAUGGGAAGGCCUGUUUUGGUGAAGACGAGAAUGCCAAGAACAGAGAGGCUGCUCUGACGGCCCCCACCCUUUUCCCCAACGACUUCAUCGCGGGACAUCUGGAAACGGAAGUGGCCACCGCCAACGGGGACUCUUCCCUGGAAAGCGGGGAGGAAAACGGAGAAAGGAACGACAAUGGCUUCCUUGAAUAUAUUUACGAGACGGUGGGAAUGGUGCCCAAGGAAUUUUCAGCGAAGAAGAAAAAGAAAGAGGAAGAUAAGGAAGCUCCAGCGAAGGCAAGCCAAGAUGUCUCCCAACUGGAGGAUGGCUUGCCACCAAGGAGGAAGGUCUCCAUGCAGAAGGAGGCUGGGCCUGCGGUGUCAUCCCCAAAAGUCGCAUCUCCCGUUGUCAACGGAAGGCCAGUGGAAACUCAACCUCAAGAAAAGUCCCUGCUGCAUUCAUCCACUUCCAAACCCGAGAUGCAUUUUUCGUUGAAAGAGAUGUAUUAUGACGCUGGAGCAAAACCUAAAGUGGAGAAGAAUGUGCCGGAAAGUAAGGAGAAGACCCUUCCCACUGGAGACCUUUCCAAGGUGAGAGAGGCUCUUCCAACAACUGUUCAAGCUUUGAAAAGGGCCAAGGCGGAAGAUGAAAGAAACGAAACCCAAAUCAGGCAGAAAUCUAAGGGCGUGGAGAUGAAGCAGGGCGAAACGGAAGCCCCUGGGAUAGACAGGGAAUUGAACCCCCAGCAAUUCCAUCAUCCCAGCCGGGCAGUGAAGCCCACAACAGAGGUCCUGAUGGGACCUAAGGUGGAAUGUCCAAGCGGCAGGGCCCCGGAAAGCGACGUUCUGCAGCCAGGCCAAGCUGGCCCACCAAGAGUUGGAAGCCCACCUCUCUUCCCAGAGGAGAAGGAAGGGGAAGUCCUUCUCAUCCGUGAAACGGACUUGCUGGACUCUGCUCUCCCUGAGGCUGGACUCGUGGAUUUGCCCCUGUCUUUGCAGGAAGCGAGGCGAGCCCUCACCCCGCUAGCCUCGGAGGAGAAACCGUUGCCUGAUCCAGGGCCUUCUGAGGCCUCAGAAAACUCACAGCCAAGCCUGUCAGUUGCCUCUGUUUUGCGGUCUCCAAAUUCCAGGUUUGGGGAAGAUGCAAAAGAAGAAACAGCUUGCUUAUCAAUAAGGAAAGAUCUCUCGGAAGGUUUAGGAAUAAAAUGGCCGGAGAAGAAAUCAGGUUCCAGUCCAGAGAUCCAGGAUUCAAGUAUGGGAAUGCGACACCUGGAAGAUCACCAGCCAGCAAUUUUCCAGAAUCGUCCGGUGACUUCUCAGAAUAUCCCAGGCAUUUCUUCUGGUGUCCCAUUGCCAAAUGGGAUGGACAAUCAGAUUCAGAUGGAAGAUGUGGAGAAGCAUUCUACAGGUUGGGGCCAGGAUGAAAUCCAACGUGGACUACCUCCUAAUCUUGAGGAUAAAUGUCCAAUUACUCCUGCAUCAGCAGCCCAAGAAACCCAUUCUCAGGGUAGACCCAUGGAUGAGUUGGACCAAGUUGCUCCUUGGACCGAAGGCACGAGAGGAGAAGAGCCAGAAAAAGUCCCUAAGAUAUUGAGAGACAAUACAGCCAGCCCCCAAAUGCAUUUAGUUCCCGAGAGGAAGAGAUCAUCUAAAGCAAUAGAAAAGUCACGACCGAUCUCAGAAGUUGCCACAACAACCCCAGAUCUUUCUCAAGUUCUUUCAGAGGGUCCUCCUCCAGCUUCAACAGUGGCGAUGCCUCCUGUGCCUCCUGAUUCCCAAGAACCAGCUCUGCUUUCUCCGGUCAAGGAAGACCUUGUUGAGAGGAAUCAAUCCGUAGCCCACUUGCUAAAAGAUAUUAAGAGAGAAACAGAACCCCGGGAACCUGGUAAUAUGGUGGCUUCAGAAGAACCAGGCCAACAAGUCACCAGGAUUGAAACCAAGGAGGUCUGUGUGCAGAAAGAAUUCCUGGUUCCUCCAAGGAGUAAAAAAGAUAAGCAAGAGUCUAAAACGUACACCAAGAAGACAGAGGUUAGAGAGAAGGAAAAGGACAAGAUAGCUUCUGAUGUUCUUCUAAGAGAGAAUUCUCGUCCUCCUGAACCUGCAGUGGAGGAGAAUCGAACCCUGGAGAAAGAACAGAACAGCGACCUUGUUUCUUCUUUGAAAAAUUAUUUGCUUUUGCUCUUGAAGAUGACCUCUGAGUCAGACAAAGGCAAAGCAAGAAGCCUCAAGCCAGAAGCCAAGAUGAUGGAGGAGAAGACUCCAUUAAGUGCUAUUCCGAAACAUCUGCCAGAUGUGGGCAUUGCGGGAUUAACUCCCAGGACUUCCAGGAAGAUCUUCGAACAGGUGGAGACCGAUCAACUUUUCCAAAGCGCCGAGAACUUGCAACUGACUCCCAAAACGUCUAGGAAACUCACGGGAAUGAUCAACCAAGAACUGCUCGCCUGCCAGAAGAACCUAAACGUUGAACUGGAGAUCCCUCCUUUACCCUGCGUUCCCUCGAUUGUGGUAGGGAGCAUUGGAGGAGAACCAGAAGGUCUCCCCCCUCUUCCCUCUUCUGAGAUGGUUAGUGAGACCCCAGCAGCUCUGCCAAGCGCCACACCUGAGGAGCUGGCCUCUGGAGCCCGUCGGAAGAUCUUUCUACACAAAACCAAGCCAGCUGAUGAGAUGGAAGAAGGGGCCCUGGAGAGCCAGCCGCGGCCCAAAAGGGACAGUCCCAGUGUGUCUCCACAGCAGGGCCGCAAGAGCCAGGCUCUCUUGCAGACCUCGGCCCCGGGUUCUCCUCCUGUGGAGAAGCGCUCCCCAAGCUUUGCCAGGAAGAUGGCAACUCUGGAAGUUCCCAAGAUGUAUCAGGAGACAGCGGAAGAAAGCAAAAAGGAGGAUGACAGCUCCCCGUUGGCUCCAGAGAGUGUAGAAGAAAGUGUGCCCAAGAUAGGAGAACCUAGGAAAACAAAUGAUCCAUUUAAAGCACCGCAAGUCGUUCGCAAGAUCCGAGCAGAACAGUUCUCCGAUGCCUCCGGGAACUUGAAGCUAUGGUGCCAGUUCUUCAAUAUCUUGAGUGACUCCAAGCUGAUCUGGUACAAGGAUGAGGUGCCCAUUGCAGACGUCAAAAGAAGCUCUGGAGAUGAAGGGCAGGCAGCUCUGGCCAUUGUGCAGAUGUCCCCGAAGGACUGUGGGGUGUAUCAAUGUACCAUCCAGAAUGAAUAUGGGACUGACAGUACUGACUUCCUGCUGAGUUCUGAAGUCCUGUCCGGAUUUAUCGCCAAAGAAGAAAUAGAAGCUGGAGAGGAGAUCGAGAUGACCCCCAUGGUCUUUGCCAAAGGCCUAGCUGACUCUGGCUUCUGGGGGGAUAAGCUCUUUGGUCGGAUCAUGGUGGAGGACCUGGAGGCUGGACAAGGAUUUCUACGCAAGGCUUGCCGGGCCCGUGCCAUCUAUGGCCUUGAGCCGGUCUUUGAGUCUGGGCACACAGGCAUCAUUAAGGUCCACAACCUCAUUGCAUUUGGUGGACGCAGUGAGAACACGCUGGUGGAGAGGAAUUACGACAUCACUAUUCAGGAGUGUAAAAUCCAGAAUUCAAGUCGGGAAUACUGCAAGAUCUUCGCUGCAGAGACCCGAGCCAUUGCUGACUUUGGAUCAAUACCUGAGAUAAUCCCACUUUACCUGAUCUAUCGCCCAGCCAACAAUAUUCCUUACGCAACCAUGGAGCAAGACUUACCUGGCUCGUUUCAGUGCUACUGUGGACGAGAAGGAGAUGGCAACAGGUUGGCUCCACCCGACCCCUCUGAGAUUGGGCAAAAGUGCUCUGCUUUCCAGCACUGGCUUUACCAGUGGACAAAUGGCAACAUUUUGGUGACGGACCUGGAAGGUGUUGGGUGGAAGGUCACCAAUGUGAAGAUUGCUACCAAAAUCAAGGGGUACCAAGGCCUGAAGGAGAGCUGCUACCCCAACCUCCUCGAUCACUUCGUUACCUCCCAUCAAUGCAACCGUUACUGUGCGCUCCUUGCUCUGAAGAGCCUUGAGGUUCCUCAACCUCCACCGAGAAGCAAAGGUUCUCGGAGUCCCAACAUGGGCAGAAAGUCCUCCUCAGCUCAAUCCAGCCCUCAGCUCCAGAAGAAAGGCCUCUCGAGCCCCCAGGCUUCCAGGAAAGGGUCUGUCAGCCCCAAGAAUGCCCGGAAAUUUCCAGAACACGUAGCAGAAUCGCAAUCGACGGCAUGUCCCAAGGGAAGAGACAGCGACAAGAUAGGACAGCUGCAGUGAUGGGCAGUGGGGGCCGUCAGCCAUGCACCUUGUGUGUGUGCUUGAGGAAGGGGGCAGGGUUGCCUCGUCCUCCUGUGGCUUCCCCCCCCCCCCAGUUUCCUUGUGUGAGGUCUGUGUGUGAUGUUUGAGGGAAAGAGCCAUGCUGACCAUGGCUCUCGGGGCAGGUUUGGAGCCCCUCAGGAACGAUGUGUGAAUGCAACCACUGGCUCUGUAGAGAGUGGCACCUGCCUUCGCAGUCCCAUCACAUGAGGCAGGAGCCUGGCACCCUACUUAAGGGCCCGCGUGGUUCUGUUUCUCCUUGGUGAUUUGGGCCGUGCUUUGAAUAUUGAGCCUGUCCUGUGGCUCCCAAUAGGUUGAACUCCAAGAUGGGGGCUGGACACCAGGUGGCCAAGUGGGACCUGUGCUCUGCAGGACUCAUGCCCUUAACUGCAAUACAUCCCCUACCAAAGACCCGAAGCUCUCUCCUUUUCCCACGAUGGUGUGGGCCACCUCAACCCCAGCGAGAACAUCAACUUUGGCCAGGUCCUCUCUUCCCACCCACACCCAAAAGAGCACCUAGGUAGAAGGGUGUUGACUUCCCCCUUCUACUUCGGAGGGGGAUGCUGCUUCCUUGAUGGGACUCCAUGUGACGUGGCUGUGGCUGUGUUUGUGGGACAAUGAAAAAUGUCAAAUAUGUCACAGCUAGGGACGUUUGGUCAAUCCAGCGAGUCUGCAGAGAUUAACCGAAGAUUAUACGCUUCUUGCUGGAUGGACUACCCUUCCUGUUCCAUCCUGUUCUCCACUCGUGGGGCAGAUAUUUUGCACACCAAAAGCUCUGGUUUCCGUUGACGUUUCGAUCUCCAGUCAAGAGGUCCAGGAAUAAGAGAAACCUUGCUAUCAGAGACUCUGGGACAUGCUGCUGGAUAUUCUGUUAUAUUUCUUACCUGUUAAUGGCCACAGAUUGCUCGCAUUCACAUAACGGGCUUAACUUGGUUACUGAACUAAAAAAAAAUUGGGAUUCACACCAUCCACGGACCCAUAAGCUAAACCAAAGAAGCUAGAUUCGCACUUCAAAUUCCUCCCCAUAAAGAGAAACUGGGUCAACCGGAACCAGGGGUGGUUGCUCCCGGCAUUACUGCCAGUUUCGGUGCUCAGUGCAUGUGCACAUUUGCGCAAA